GAUUGCAGAAGGCCUAUCAAAUAUUCAUAAUAAUAGUAUUAUCCACCGUGAUUUGCAUAGUGGAAAUAUUUUGAUACAAUAUAGUUAUUUUAUUUUCAUUGGUGAUUUAGGAUUAAGUAAAUCUGCUACAGAAGCUUACGUUAAUGACACUUAUGGAAUUAUUCCUUAUAUGGCACCAGAGGUUCUUCAAGGGCAAAUGUAUACUAAAGCUUCAGAUAUUUAUAGUUUUGGUAUGAUUAUGUGGGAAUAUAUGACAGGAAGAAGACCUUUUUGGGAUCGGGCUCAUGAUACUGAGCUGAUUAUUGAUAUUUGUGAUGGCUUACGUCCUCCAACAGGUAACAUUAACGCACCUAAAGGUUACAUUGAGCUAAUGAAAAAAUGCUGGGGCCCUAACCCAAAUAAAAGGCCAGCAGCUGAAAGAAUUUGGAAUAAAUU